AGUCAAAGAAAGGAAGCUUCAAAACUCUGCACUUUGUGACCUAAUAAAUCUUCAUUUUUAACCAACCUUUCCUUAUAAAACCUGCAUUCAAUUUCAUCACAAGAGAACCCAUUUCCAUUUCUCCACCCACCCAGAUCAGAAAAAAAACAAGAACAAGAAAUUAUCAAUGGCAGAUCAGCAAAAAAUCCAUCCAGUCACCCAAGAUGUGGAGGCAGCACAGCCACCCACUGUUCCAUUAAUGCCUAGGAACUCUUCCAAGUCCGAUAAAGGUGACCCUGUCGAGCAUUUUCCUCCAUUGAAGCGUACUAUUCCAGUGAUGCACUCUAAACCGCCCAAGAGAAGAAGUUGUUGCUGCAGGUGCUUGUGUUGGACUCUCAGUCUCAUUUUGCUCCUUAUAGUCAUUAUUGGAAUAGUUGCCGGAAUCCUCUACCUUGUUUUCCGUCCAAAACUGCCAGAUUAUUCGGUGGAUAAACUGCAAAUAACCCAGUUCAAUCUCAGUAGCGAUUCAAGCUUAUCUGCUGCGUUUGAUGUGACAAUUACUGCGAAAAAUCCAAACAAGAAAAUCGGUAUCUACUACGAAGGAGGGAGCCAUAUAAGCGUCUGGUAUACAGGGACGAAACUAUGCGAAGGGUCACUGCCGAAAUUCUACCAGGGACACCGGAACACAACAGUGCUCAUCGUGCCAUUGACAGGGCAAACACAGGACGCCAAUGGGUUGUUAACUUCUCUGCAACAGCAGCAGCAGGAGACUGGAAUCGUUCCUUUGAACCUUAGGGUCAAGCAACCUGUGAGAAUAAAGCUGGGCAAGUUGAAGCUGAUGAAGGUGAGUUUUUUGGUCAAGUGCAGGCUAGAUGUGGAUAGCUUAUCUGCCAAUAACGCCAUUAGAAUUAGAAAUAGUAGUUGUAAGUUUAGGCUCAGGCUAUAAUUAAGUUAUUAUUAUUAUUAUUAUCUAUUAUAUCUGUACAUGCCCAUUUGGGCAGAUAUUUUUUUUUUUUAAAAUUUUUUAAACCCUUUUA